GGGGCUCGUCUGCUAGCUCACGCAACCCGCGAGGACGAAGACAGUAAAAAUGUGGCUGACCGUGUUCUUGCUAACUGCAGGAUUACUAGCCUCGGCGGUGUCCCAGACCUGCCCCAGCUACACGGCUGGCUUCACGGGGACGAAUGAGAUCCACGAUUCAUCCAGCGGUAUGCUCUACGUUAACGAGGCUCCCUCGUCUUUCUGGGCUCCGUGUGACGGCACCGUGUACCGCUGGCACUACUGCUACUACCCCGUUCAGAGACAGAACGACCUGGAAGUAGCAUUUGGGGCAUUUCGAGCGACGACUGACGACGGUGAUGUAGAUCGCUACUACCUCCGUACUGGUAGCUACUACCUCCUACACUUGGACGCAAGGGAGAGUAGUUUCACGUGUGGCUCGGUCGACCUGGACGAGCAACACUAUUUCCAGAUCUACGAAAAUGACAGAGUCGGUGCUUGCAUGAGAAACGGCAACAAUGAGUUCCUAGACAUUCUAGCUGAGAGUGGCCCCAAUAAUUACAGAGUGGGGAGGUGGGGCAGUAGCUCUGGCUCGUGCCAGGAGAGCGACAUGUCUCAGUCUUCAGAAGGGCCAAACACUGAACAACAAUUUAUACUCCACCUCUAUGUGGACAUAAAUAUUGACGAGUGUGCUCUGAGUGAGGACAACUGUCACGAUACUCUUGCCUACUGCACUGAUGUGUGUUGGAGGAGAGGACAGCUUCAACUGCGCCUGUAUUGCUGGCUACACUGGUGAUGGUGUCACAUGCAACAAUAUAGAUGAGUGUCAGCUGGAGUUGGAUGCAUGUGUGGAGAAUGCAAAUUGCUCAGAUACUGAGGGCAGCUACGGGUGCAUGUGUGCAACUGGAUAUAGUGGAGAUGGUCUGGUCAAUUGUGAGAACGUCAAUGAGUGUACUGAGGAUACCCACAUGUGCGAUGACGUAGCUAUGUGUUCAGACACAGUGGGCAGCUACACCUGCACCUGUAGCACUGGAUAUACGGGCACAGGAUUCACCUGCAAUGACACUGAUGAGUGUGAAGAUGGCACUCAUGGCUGUGAUGACAACAACGCAGAGUGCACUAACACUGAUGGCAGCUACACUUGUUCCUGCUCUUCAGGAUACAGUGGAAAUGGCACUUUCUGUGACGAUACCAAUGAGUGUGAGACGUCUUCAGUGAACUGUGACUCAAAUGCCUCGUGUAUGAAUACUGCUGGGAGCUAUGAGUGUACUUGUGAAGGUGGCUACAGUGGAGAUGGAUUAUCAUGCACUGAUAUCGACGAGUGUGAAGCUAGUACUGACAGUUGUGAUGAGGAUGCAAACUGUACCAAUACUGAUGGCAGCUACACAUGUUCCUGUUUAUCUGGAUUCUCUGGAGAUGGAACCACAUGCACUGAUAUCAAUGAGUGUGAAAUCUCUCCAGCAAUGUGUGGCUCAAAUGCUUUAUGUACGAAUACUAAUGGUAGUUAUUUGUGCACUUGUGAUGAAGGCUACAGUGGAAAUGGAGCAACAUGCACAGAUAUCGAGGAGUGUGAAGCUAGUACUGACAGUUGUGAUGAGGAUGCAAACUGUACCAAUACUGAUGGCAGCUACACAUGUUCCUGUUCUACUGGAUACUCUGGAGAUGGAAUGACAUGCACUGAUAUCAAUGAAUGUGAAACAUCUUCAGUGAUGUGUGACUCAAAUGCCUCAUGUAUGAAUACUGCUGGGAGCUAUGAGUGUACUUGUGAAGGUGGCUACAGUGGAGAUGGACAGACAUGCGCAGAUAUUGACGAGUGCGCGGCAGGUACAGACGGUUGUGAUGAGAAUGCAAACUGUACCAAUACUGAUGGCAGCUACACAUGUUCCUGUUUAUCUGGAUACUCAGGAGAUGGGGUGACCUGUGUUGAUAUCGAUGAGUGUGAAACCCCCUGCUACUGUAUGUGAUUCAAAUGCCCUCUGUACUAACAAUCCUGGCAGCUAUGAGUGCAAUUGUACUGAAGGCUAUGCUGGAAACGGAGCAUCAUGCACCGAUAUCAAUGAGUGUGAAGUUGGGACUUACAGUUGUGAUGAGAAUGCAGACUGUGUCAAUAUUGCGGGGAGCUACUCUUGUGUAUGUGAGUCUGGAUACACUGGAGAUGGAUUUUCCUGUUUUGAUAUUGACGAGUGUGAUGAAAGCUCAAAUUCAGAGUGUGAUUCAAAUGGCUUAUGCACCAACAUUGUUGGGAGUUAUGAGUGUUCCUGUGUAGAUGGCUACAGUGGAGAUGGUUUCUCGUGCACUGAUAUCAAUGAGUGUGAGACCGGCAUUGCCAGUUGCAGUGAGAAUGCAGACUGCACUAACACAGAAGGGAGCUACAAUUGCUCUUGUUCAGUUGGAUUCACUGGAGAUGGAAUCAUCUGUACUGAUAUCAAUGAAUGUUUAUUUGAUGAGACAUGUGACCGUGAUGCAACCUGCAACAAUAAUGAUGGUAGCUACACAUGUCAGUGUAAUAGUGGCUACACUGGCAAUGGGAGCUCCUGCUCAGAUAUCAAUGAGUGUGAGGAUAGCACUGAGAGCUGUGCUGAAAACGCAGAAUGUACUAAUACUCAAGGAAGCUACUCUUGUUCCUGUUCACCUGGGUAUACUGGAGACGGAACCAUCUGCAAUGACGUCAAUGAAUGCAUGGAAAGCGACGUGUGUGAUUCCAAAGCAACCUGCUUCAACAUGGACGGUGCCUAUACAUGUCAGUGUAACGCUGGCUAUAAUGGUGACGGGACCAUCUGCUCAGAUGUGAAUGAGUGCGAUGCUGGUACAGCCAGUUGUAAUGAGAAUGCAGAGUGUGCCAAUACUGAUGGUAGCUACACAUGUGCCUGCUCAGCUGGAUAUGCUGGAGAUGGAGCAUUUUGUGUUGGUAUUGAAGACUGUUUGCAAAACGAAGCUUGUGACUGCCUCGACAUAGACGGUCUGUACACAUGUCAGUGCAUCACUGGCUACGCAGGCAACGGAACAAUCUGCUCAGAUAUUGAUGAGUGUACCAGUGAGACUCCCUGUGAUCCUAAUGCCCAGUGUAGCAACACAGCAGGCAGCUACACCUGCCAGUGUAUGGGAGGCUUUUCUGGAGAUGGAAUAAUAUUAUGUGAAGAAAUUGAACCAACGUUGGAAGAGGCAGAAGGCUCUGAGGGUUCUCAGAGUUCUGGAAAUGUGCUUGCAAUAAUUCUGGGUGUUGUGGGAUCACUCCUAGUACUCUCCAUUGUCGUCAUUGUGGCUAUCUACGUCAUCAGAAAGAAGAAACUAUUGCCCACCUACAAGCCUCAUCAAAGUGGGAUGGGAGGGAUCGGUAAGUCAGAACUAUCUGACCAUCCACUUAUACGUAGGUUAUUGCUUCCAAAUGGCAGACAAUGCAAUCUAUUCAAUAAUGAUGGAGGGGUUGUGCAACUUGGAGGUAUCAACACUACUCCCUAUGAUUAUAGCUACCCAACUCUGACCACAUUGGAUACCAAGCCCCCGGUUUGGUCCUCUUCACCUCUCGAGUUCUACUCCAGUGCUGAGUAUAGCGAGGUGGUCGGCAUCUCACCGGACAAUUCUUCCAUCUCAUUCAGAAAGACAAGUGGAAGUGUUGGUCAGUAUGAAACACAGUAUUACCUGCCAGCCAGUCAGGAAGAAGAUUUGUACUCUCAGUUGAGGCGAGAGAAGAUCAAAGCUAUACCAAAGGAAGAAAUUGAGAUUGAUGAGAGACUUGGAAGUGGGGAGUUUGGUGAUGUGGUGAAGGGAUACUGGAAGUCAGUGGACUACUCAGUAGAAGUGGCUCUGAAGACACUCUCAGGAGGACAGGGACAGGAGGGUCGGAGGAAGCUGCUCCAGGAGGCGGCCAUCAUGUCCCAGUUCAGGCACCCCAAUGUCGUAAAACUCUACGGUGUGGUCAAUGAUGAUAAUGACAAGCUGAUGCUUGUACUGGAGCUACUGGGUAAAGGGGACCUUCGCCAGUUGUUGCACACCAUGAGACCUGACCCAGGGCAGCUGGUCUCCCCCCAAACACCAAUGAAACUGCUCAACUACUCUCAGCAGAUUGCUGUUGGACUGCAGUACCUCUCCAGUAAGAACUUUGUCCACCGUGACUUGGCUGCAAGGAACAUCCUCAUUUCAAACGACAACACCUGCAAGAUCAGUGACUUUGGCAUGGCUCGGAACCUAAUCGAGGAUGACUACUAUGUGUCCCAGGGAGGGAAGAUCCCUCUCAAGUGGACAGCUCCAGAGGCUCUUGUCUACCACAAGUACUCUACUGCCAGUGAUGUGUGGAGCUAUGGCUGUGUCCUCUAUGAGUUAUGGAGUCUUGCACACAAGCCUUUUGAGAGCAUGGCUAACCAAGAGGUUCUGGUGCAGGUAGAGGCUGGCUAUCGCCUUCCUCCACCACCUGGCUGUCCCCAAGUCAUCUAUGGCCUCAUGAUUCGCUGCUGGCACCCGGAUCAUUCCUCCCGACCCACUGCUGCUGACAUAGUGCUGGCUCUGAUGGAGAAUGAGGAGACAGUGUUGAGGGUUCCAGAGGAGGAUGCUGCCACCAGCAGACUGGCUGGAGUCCUGGGGAGCUCCUCUGGAGGCCGGACAGGACAUGUACCCUGACCUACAGGAGACCUACUACUCAUCCUUUCAAGCUCAAAUGUCUUCCUUAUAUACCGAUGCUGGUCAUCUC